GCACCGCGCUGGGGGGCGGAUCUACCGUGGGAGGGUGACGUGCUUUCUGCUGCCCUAAGUCAUCCGCGCCGGCACCUCCUCUCUCACUACUGCCACAUCUCCCACACUGUGGAGGAAGGAUGGAGCCGGUGACCGUGGCCACCGACGGCGGGGACAGACCCGGGGCCUCGGCGGGCUCAGGCAUGUCUGCUUCCCAGCGUCGGGCGGAGCUUCGGCGGAGAAAGCUGCUCAUGAACUCGGAGCAGCGCAUCAACCGCAUCAUGGGCUUUCACAGGCCCGGGAGCGGCGCGGAAGAGGAAAGUCAAGCAAAAUCAAAGCAGCAGGACAGUGAUAAACUGAACUCCCUCAGCAUUCCUUCCGUUUCAAAGCGAGUAGUGCUGGGUGACUCGGUCAGUCCAGGAACAACUGACCAGCAGGGUGGUGUUGUGGAGGUAAAGGGGACCCAGCUGGGAGACAAAUUGGACUCUUUUAUUAAACCACUGGAGUACAGUAAUGAUGUCAACCUUGAUCUCCGACAGCGAAACAGAGGGGACCUGACCACGGAUACUGUCCAGAGGGGUUCUCGCCAUGGCCUAGAACAGUACCUUUCCAGAUUUGAAGAAGCAAUGAAAUUACGGAAACAGUUGAUCAGUGAAAAGCCCAAUCCAGAUGAUGGAAGUGCAUCAGAAGAAUUUGACUCUUUUCGAAUAUUUAGAUUGGUGGGAUGUGCUCUUCUUGCUCUUGGUGUCAGAGCUUUUGUUUGCAAAUAUUUGUCCAUAUUUGCUCCAUUUCUUACUUUACAACUUGCGUACAUGGGACUGUACAAAUAUUUUCCCAAGAGUGAAAAGAAAAUAAAGACAACAGUAUUGACAGCAGCACUUCUAUUAUCUGGAAUUCCUGCUGAAGUGAUAAAUCGAUCAAUGGAUACCUAUAGCAAAAUGGGCGAAGUCUUCACAGAUCUCUGUGUCUACUUUUUCACUUUUAUCUUCUGUCAUGAACUGCUCAAUUACUGGGGCUCUGAAGUACCAUGA